AAGCAGGAGAUCCCUUGUGCGUUUCUAAAACAAAUGAAAGAUCUCUGCCUUGAUCCCUGACGCAAAGAAAUCUGAAAAAGCGUCUGGUGUAUCAAUCAGCUUUAUUCCAAGUGUUGGUGUAAUAUCUACAUUAUCAAGAACUGCUUACUGCUGCGACUGUCUUCUUCUACGACGUGCAAUUUGAAUCUGGAAUCAUGUCUCCAACUACAUCAAAGACCACUUCUAAGAAUUCAUCAGACAACAUUAAAGAGGGGUUCUCUAUUUCAGUCUUCAUCAGAAAUUUGGUUUUCCUCUCGGGGUUAAUCUUGCUGUCGUUCUUGGCUACCCGUACUGACUACGCCGUUGCGCUUUGCGAAAAAAUCGUACUCAACUCUGGUGGAGCUUCGACUGCUGCGUUUGAGAAUAUCAAUUAUGAGAAAUUAUAGUUUGAUUCUUUGACAAACCAAGGUCAACGCCGUAAUUGUAGUAGAGCUCCUGCUCUGGCACAACGAGAAACGACAACAGUUCAAGAACCAACCAACUUCAAAAGAACGUCCGUUAACCUCUACCACAGAAGAAUCCUCGGAUCUCGUCUCUAACUGCUACCCAAGAAGAUGCCAGCGACUGACGCUCUUGCCCGUAAGUACUUCGAGGCCUGGAACAGCCAGGAUCUUGGCGUCUUGGGCGAGACGUUGGAUGAAAAGGUCACACUUCGCGAUUGGGAUAUAGCCGCUGAAGGAAAGAGCAAAGUUGUGGAAGCUAAUGGUUUUCUUGUGCCUAAAUUCACCCACGGAAAUAUUUACAAGGAAUCAUCAUGAUCUGCUGCUACGUUAUAACACCUGUGGUCUUCUUACUCGUCAUUGUCAUAACACUUGUGGUAGUGGGUACAUCUAUCUAUCUAUCUAUCUAUCUGGUCUCCACAUCACUUCUGUAUGGUUUAUGCUAGCGACAGGAGCUGAUUGUAUAAUAGCCUCCGCAGCAGGUAACAUCUUCAAAGCCGUUCCUGCGAUUAAGAUCGAGGGAUUCAAAAAUGUUCAGAACCUCGAUCUUAAUCGCAGGAACGGCUUUGAAGAUGUUACCUGCGCAGUCUAUAGCACAAUGGUCUGUCGCGGCUAGCAGAACUCUACAUAAGAAGUGUGGAGACUGUCGCUAGCAGAACUCUACAUAAGAAGUGAUGUGGAGACCAGAUAGAUACUAUAGCCUCCGCAGGUAACAUCUUCAAAGCCGUUCCUGCGAUUAAGAUCGAGGUUCUGAACAUUUUUGAAUCGAAGUCGGAUCUUGGUCCAGCCGCUGCCUGUGAGAUCUUGGUCAAGGUGUCGGACUCGGAGACCCUCAAGGUGACGGACAUCAUCCAAUUCAAUGACGCUGGUCUGAUCACCGCUGUUCGCGCUUACAAGGGCUAAAUGUACUAGAGGGGUUGGAAGGAGCUGCAAGGGCUGGCGGCAGUGGAGUCGGUGACAGUGAGGUGUGGCGGAAGAGCGAGGCGGUAGCGGAAUACUACGGUAAAAAAUGCAGAAGUGGCGGAUCAACACGGGAAAUCAAGAUCAGGAUCAUCUUUCAAGAAGUAGUAAGUACUCACUUUGGCAGAGAUACAACGCGGUAGUCGUUAAUAUUUUCUUGCCAGGGGCGGCUAGUUGCGCUUCAACUGUCGUAGCGCGGAGAGGAAGUGCCACGAUGAUGCGACGUCGUGGGGCUUGAUAACAAAGGAUUUGGUGGAAGACUCGUUCAUGGACUUGCGCUUGCACCGAAGAAACCACUAUCGCUACACACAUCGGAGGCAGUUGAUAUCUCGAUAUCUUUACACAGGAAACUGAUCAUGACCAGUGUAUGAAGAUAGACAUGAAAGACAAAACUCAAUACAUGUUCUUCUACAACUAACUCCUUGUUGUACACUCACAAACACAAGUCCAUAAUCCAACUUCAAAACUACACCAACCAGGCUGCGGCAGUGUUAGAGUGGCACUCCUAUUUGUUUUGUUCGAC